AAGUGAACUGCAGCAAUAUGAAUCACAAAGCUAUAUUGGCUAAGUUUGCUGCUGAAUUACGAUCGCGAAGCACUGCUCGUGUUGUGUUUGAAUGUGGGGUUUUUCUAGCCAUUGGACUUCUGAUACUCGUCGGGAACGCCAUGACACUCUUUAUAGUUUACAAAAAUCGUCAACUCCGCACUGUACCCAACCUUUUCAUUGUAUCAUUGUCAUUUUCUGACAUUGGAAUGGGUCUAUUGGUAUUGCCAAUGUGUUUCAGCGUUAAUGUUGUUGGGUAUUGGCCUUUUGGAGAUGCAGCUUGCCAGUACAAUGGUUUCGUAGCAGUUUCCUUAGCGCUCGCAUCGGUGCAAUUUUUGGCGUGUACCUCUGUUAACAGAUACUUUAGUGUCGUAAAGCCAAACAAGUACAGGAAAUACUUUACGAUGAAGUCUACAAAACUUGGUAUUGUUUUAGUUUGGGUGUAUGCAGACAUGGCUACAAUACCAUACUUGUUAUCUGGAAAUCGCAUGGUCUUUCAUCCUGGAAAAUUCUGUUAUCUUGAAAUUGAAGUAGCAUGGUAUACAGCUCUUACAGUAUCCUUAUACAUAGGAAUCCCAACCAGCGUUACACUAUACUGCUACCUCAGGGUCUUCCAAGCUGUUCACAGGCACAACAAACAAUUUUCACAGUCCAGAGGAUCUAGCAAUAACCUGAGCGUCGAGGAAAUUAAGAUAACUCGCACAUUGUUUGUGGUGAUGUUGGUGUACAUGACAUGCUGGACUCCAAUCCUAAUCAUUGAUCUCAUUGAUACAGGCCGUGGCUACUGGUCGAUGAAAAGAGAGGUUUAUAUUAUCUAUGGCUUUCUUGCUACGCUGAUCAGUGCAACUAACCCUAUAAUCUAUGGACUGAUGAACCCACAGUUUAAGAAAGAGUAUUUGAAAAUCAUGCAGUGCGUGUUAUGUCGGAGAAACAUGUCUUCCGUAACGGCAAUUGCUUCUGUUAAUGCAUCAAAUUCAAGAUCUCGCCAAGAAAACUCGAACUUGGCAAUUCAGUCAGUGGUUGCAGCAAAAGUUGUAGUCCAAAAUCUUUAA